CACAUGAUAUAAUCUCUCUUCCACAGCACAAUUCCAAACCCUAAAAAGCCAAAAAGAAAAAACAACAAAACUUUUCUCAGAGUGGCGAGACUAGAAAAAACGACUAUUAUCAGAGGAGGCAGUAACCCAAUAUAUUGUUUGGUUCGUUACGUUAUUGCUUUUUUGCUUUUGCUCCAAUUCAAUUCAAUUCAAUUCAAUUCAUAUUUCAAAUGUCGGGCCGAGGAGGAGGAGGGCGGGACCGGUUUCGAAGGGACUACCCAUCGAGAUUCGAAGACAAGAUGAGUAGCCAUUCGGGUUCUGGGCGUAAUCUUAAUUCCAAUUCCAAUAACAAUAGUAAUAACAGUGGCCAUCUGCCCUCGAGGCAUCUUUGGGUUGGGAACCUUUCCCACAGCAUACUAGAGCACGAGCUCACCAAUCACUUCUUGCAGUUUGGAGAGCUCGAGAGUGUGGCUUUCCAGCCCGGGCGCAGCUAUGCGUUCCUCAAUUUCAAGAGGGAUGAUGAUGCUUUCGCCGCCAUUAACGCGCUUCAAGGUUUCCCUGUUGCUGGCAACCCACUUAGAAUUGAGUUUACCAAGGCGGACAAGGCAUCAACAGCAUCACGUGAUGAAGAUUACUCUCAACGUCGAGAUGAACAGCGCUCAGUGUCGAGAGGAUCUCCUUUCUCUCAAAGGGAGUUCAGAGCACGCCAAAUUAGUCCUGAUCCUUUUUAUCCUGACAAAUCCAAUUUGAAUGACAAAAAUUUAGAGCCUAGUCCAGUUUUGUGGAUAGGGUUUCCAUCAUUAUUGAAGGUUGAUGAAAUGAUCUUGGGGAAGGCUUUUUCACCAUUUGGUGAGAUUGAGAAGAUUACUGCAUUUCCUGGUCGUAGUUAUGCCUUUGUUCGAUUCAGGAGUGUAAUGUCAGCUUGCAGGGCAAAAGAAACUCUCCAGGGAAAAUUAUUUGGCAAUCCCCGUGUACAUAUUUGUUUUGCAAAGAAUGAAGCUGGCUCAUCCAACAGUGGAAGGAGCUCAAUGAACUCCUCACUGUCACCACAUUUCAAGUCAAAUGUUCGCUCAGGAUCAUCUGAGAACUUUCGGCAGGAUAGGAAUUUUGGGAGCUUAUCUGGAGAUCUUGGCGUAAGAUCUCCUCAAUUUGUAUCAGAUAUGGAUCCUAGAGAUUCUGAUACCUAUAGUUUUAAUAGGAAGCGCACUUUAUGGGCUGGUGGAAAUGAUACAUCUGAGCAGAGAAGGUUUGGAGAAGUGGAUUCUCUAGGACUAUCACAGGACAUCUAUGAACAUCACAGUAGUCCUACUAGAGAGAGACAUUCACAUGAUUAUCCUCAGAGAUUUCGUCAAACAAGUCCAUUCUAUGAUGAGCCAUGGGACUUACCAGAAGAUGCCCAAUUCUUUCAUGGAGCCAAGAAAUUGAAGACUGACUCCUUUCCACCUGAAAAAGACCUUCCAGAGCAUCCUUUUUCUGAUUUUGAGCAAGAGAAACAUAUGUUCCCUAAGGUAUUCUCUGAUUUUCCCCAACCUGAGGCCUUUGAUAGGAGCUUUGAGGCUGUACCUGUUGGGUAUAAACCGAUCCCUCAUCGCACAAUGAAUUUAGUUGUACCUCAUGGAGAAAGGAGUGAUCACUGGAAAGAAUCUUAUGAAAAUUUCCAGAUGGGUUCUGGUUCUCUGCCAUCAAAUCCUAUUGAGAAAAAAGGAUUUACACCUGAAUCUGAUCAGUCUUCUAUGACCGAAUGGAAAUGGGAAGGGACUAUAGCAAAGGGAGGAACUCCCGUCUGUCGAGCUCGCUGCUUUCCUGUGGGAAAAGUCCUGGACAUGAUGUUGCCUGAAUUCUUAGAUUGCACAGCAAGAACUGGUCUAGACAUGCUCUCAAAGCAUUACUAUCAAGCAGCUAAUGCCUGGGUUGUCUUCUUUGUACCAGAAACUGAUGCUGACAUGGGAUUCUAUAAUGAAUUCAUGCAUUAUCUUGGAGAGAAACAGCGAGCAGCAGUUGCUAAGUUGGAUGAAAAGACCACCUUGUUUCUUGUACCCCCAUCAGACUUUUCACAGAAAGUACUUAAAGUACCUGGGAAACUGAGUAUCUCUGGUGUUGUUUUGAGGUUAGAGCACCCUGGUUCCAAUUUUGGGUCUCUUCACCAUCAAAAUGAGAGAAAUAAUACAAAUGUAGUGCCCAUUAACAGGGAUUCAUCAUACACAAAGCCAUCAACACCUAUGCGAGCUAUUCCUCAAUUAGCAGGAGUUCCCAAUGUAUCUUUUUCAGGGAAUGUGGUUACAUCAGCUCCACCUGCAUCAUUUUCAGGUUCUGCUCAUGCAGUCAGUGGUAUAUCCGACUCCUACAAUGGGAACAGGCAUGACUAUCCACCACGUCAGGGAAACCCUAUGUUGGGACAAAAUUUCUCUUCUCACAAUCCGCAUAAUUCAAUUUCUGGUACCAGAAAUGUACCAUCACGGGCAUCCAAUAGUGCUGUUCCUGUUGUUCAGGAGCAUCAUUCAGUCCUGCCAAACAGAAUGCAAGAAAGUCAUUAUAAAGGUGGAAUUUCUGGUAUUCCAUUAUCUGGAAAUAGCAAGUCAUCUAUUCAGGGAACCCAAACUUCAGCUUCUAUGUCUAUGCCUAUUGGAGCCCUGCAACCAGAUCAACUUGCACAGUUGGCAUCAUCUCUUCUUGGGCAGCAGAGACAGUCUGGGAGUACUCCAAAUCUAUCUAUGGGUGAUGAUUUUAGGCAGAUAAACACAAUGAACGAGUCUGACAACCCAUUAAGAACAUCCCAGAGAUAUGUUCCACAGAAUAAUCAAGUUAAUUCUGAGCUUUCAACAUCGCAUUUUAGUCAAGUUCAACAGUUUCAGCAGCCACAACAGCGGACAUCAAAUGCGCCUGUAGUGCCUCACAUGGUUCAAAGAGAACUUCAGACAGCAGCUCAGGGAAAUCAACUUCUGCAAAAUAAUACUGCGCAGGAAGAAGCAGAAGCAGAAGCAGAUCCACAGAAACGACUGCAGGCAACAUUACAGUUGGCAGCUGCUCUUCUUCAGCAAAUCCAACAAGGAAAAGGAAGUUGACCAUCUGUGCAGGAAAUGGAAAUUACUUUUUAGGGGAAGGCUACAGUCUAUAUAUUUUGCAAAGGAUCUUGGUAUUUACAAUUAUGUAUAAAUUGCAAAUAGGUUCUGGGGUUUCUAGUCAGCUGCUGACUGGCUGUAUCUUGAUUGAUAUUUUUUAUUUUAUUUUUAUGAUCAUGCUACUUGUUUUAAGUUUCAUUCUGACUUAACUGACCAGCUAGUUUUUAUGGCCACUAUUUUUGAAAGAAAUUGAAGCUGCCAGUGUCCUUUCCUGCUUA